CACACGGUCAGCAUCAUGUUCUGGACGAAUAAUUACGUGUCAUCGCCGCAUAUCGAGGCAUUGCUCAACAAAGAGGAUGUCACACUUCACGAAUUGAUGGACGAGGAGGACAUCCUUCAGGAAUGCAAGAGCCAAAACAAAAAGCUGGUCGAAUAUCUCACAAGGCCUGCUGUCAUGGAAGAAUUAGUUACGUUAACUACUAAGGAACCAUCCACGGACAUCGAAGAACGUUGGCGCUACAAGUAUCCUAAUGUUGCCUGCGAGUUGCUUACAUGCGAUGUGCCUACAUUGAAUGAGAAACUGGCAGGUGACGAGGCACUUUUGGCCAAAUUAUAUUCUUUCAUAGAUACAGAUCAACCAUUAAAUCCACUACUUGCAUCAUUUUUCAGUAAAACUAUUGGAGUUCUUGUUGCUCGUAAAAGUGACCAGAAUUGGUAUUCCUAUCAGUUCACGUGCUUACAGGUUUUAGAAUUCCUUAAAAGUCGUCAGAGAUGUGUAGAUUUGUUGUUGCAACAUUUAGAGACUUCGGCUAUCAUGGACUUAGUACUCAAACUUGUUACUCAGGUUGAGGGCAGUGAUAUGCGUCAAAACAUACUAAAUUGGCUAGAUAGUCAACAUUUAGUGCAAAGACUGGUAAAAUUGUUAGCACCUACUUCAGAAGUAGCCAAACACGCUAACGCGGCACAAUUACUUUGCGAUAUGGUGACAGUAGCUAGAGAUACUCAACGUAUAUCCACAGAACGUGCUGAUCCAGAUCCUAUUUUAAAUACUUUAGAAUCAGGAGAAACUGUGAGCCUAUUGUUAGAAACUAUCCUAACAGCAGAAAAAGUAGAAAGUAGUAUUGUCGGUGGAAUACAAGUACUUUUGGUACUUUUAGGUCAAAGGGCCAACAACACAUCAAAUGAAGGAGAUGUACAUGGUAAUAGCGAAGACACUACGGAUAAUGAGCAGUGUAUUAAAAUUUCGAAUGCUACCUUACCAUAUUUGGAACAUCUUCACAAACUUCUUCUAGAGCCGCCAUAUAAACCUGCCGUCAAAACAACCGUUGGACUAUUAGAAUGUCCAUUAGGAAAUACUCGUUUGCAUGUAGCAAAGUUGUUAAGUGCUUUACUGGCGACGGAGAAUUUAAAGAUCCAUGAAAGUUUAGAAACUUUGGGAACAUUCCAAACAUUGUUGGAUCUGUUUUUCAAAUAUACCUGGAAUAAUUUCUUACAUACGCAAGUACAACAGUGCCUGGCCUUAGCUAUUAAUUGCGGACAACGGGAUAAUGAUAUUAUUUAUAAUAAUAUAUUUAUCAAGUGCAAAUUAAUAGAGAGAAUCUUAGAAGCAUGGGAUAAAAACGAGAGUAAACAAAACAAGGAAAAUGGUGUUCGUCAAGGCUACAUGGGACAUUUAAUAAAUAUUGCGAACAAUAUCGUCACUCAAUGCGAAAAAAAUAAUAUACUGACCAGCUUCUUAAAGAACAAUGUAUCACCCGAGUGUCUUACUAGAUGGGAAAAUCUUGUGAGUGUACAGUUGGUGGAAAUUAAUAAAAUUCAUCAAACUGUAAUGAUGGGUGAUCAAACUCCCGAUGUGUACCUGAUGAGCUCCGAGGAAAAUCCAAAUGAAUAUAACUCUUACUCGCAAGAGACAUACAUUCAACAGAUGUACUCCAAUUAUCAGGGUCAACAAAUAACACCUCCGUUCAUCGAGAAUUUCGGAUUCCACGACGAUGAGUUUAACGAUGGUGAUGACGCACUUCAUAAUCCAGUUGACCAAUUAACAACGUUGGCCUUUAAUCUCAGUGAAGAAGAUCUCGACAAGCGGGAAGAUAUGUUCAAUAAGCUGUGCCAACAAAAACAAAAAGCCGGGCUUGAGGAUUGCGGCAGUGGCUUAGAAUGGGGAGAUGAAGGCGAGCUGACGUUCCAGACCGUGGUGGACAAACGAGAUUGGCAUUCAAAGCAACAGCAUCAGGAUUCUAGUUCAUCGGAUGAUUCUAAUUCGUCGGAGGAUUCUAGUUCGUCGGAGGAGGAACCACGCAACAUGAAUAUGGAAGUGGAAACGACAGAUCCUUGGAACAAUACCGAACCACCGAACACUAUACUUCCACCAGUCAAUCCAUGGGAUGUGGCACCGUCGGAACCAAUAGAAUCUACUGGCUGGGCCAAUUUCGAAAAUUUCGAAAAUACUUUGAGUAUAGAGAACACCGCGAGCGAAGAGAAAAAGCCGUGCGAUGAACUUAAAGAGCAAAUAUCAGAAGAUACAGCUGUAAACCUAACGGGAAAGAAUUUAGCCUGUAGUGAAAGUGUUGGAGAUGGUAACGAAAAGAGCACAGACUAUGCAGAUAGUCAAGUAGUCGAGAUGAAGUUACCAACUGUGGAAAUGAAUCUCAAUGAUAGUAAAAGUGACGAACACAAAAUGAUUUCCGCGAAUGAGAACGUCAAUCCUAGCGAGUUAUCGGUCAGUAGAGAGUUUAAGGACACGGAGAAGAUCGAAACCGUAAAGGACACGAAGAACGUAGAGAAUGAAAAGCCGUCAAUUGAACCACAAGUCCCAGCCGCUUCGUUGGAAAGUACAUCCACUAGCACUAUUGACGCCAUACCGGUGCCUAAAGACGCUAAAUGAAACGUUCCCCCCUGCCUAUGUUAAACGAUCUAUGGCAAUAGGAGGGGGGAGGGGGGAGGGGAGAGAGAAUCAUAUCAGUAUCGAGUCGUAAACGAUUGAUCGGAUGCAUAUUGCGCCUUCUCUAUUUUUCAUUAGACACCACGUUAAUUAUGCUUUAAGAAAACGUUGAUGGGUACAUUAUGGUCCCGCUGCAGGGUAUCUCUUAAAAUAAAUCCAGAAUGCCGAAAAAUGAUUGACGCUCAACUACACUUAGCGAAUAAUUUGAUGUUUAUUAUAUAUAGGUAUAUCCUACCCCCUUUUUACCUUACCCUUUGAAUGGCCAACAUCUAUAAGUAUCCCUGCGAAAAUCAAGUCCUCCCUCUGUCCCAUAUAUUUUACAAUUAUUGUUAAGAGUUUCGUAAAUUGUUAUUUAUACGUAACUGAUAACUGAUUUCUAACAAAGGGAACGAAGAAUGGAGAGAAUAAAUCGCAAUAUUUUCGUGCGAUUCAUAUAGACAAUUUGUAAAGAAAGAGAUGAUGGAUAAAUUUCGCAUCCGCUUGCUCCACUCGUGACAUUUGAUUUUUUACACAUAGACGAACACACACAUACACAGAACAUUUACUAUAUGUUUAUAUAUUAAAAAAGCGGAUGAGAAACAUAAGAGAAGAGUUAUCGUAACGCUGUUUAAUAUUAUAUAAGACCGGUAUUUCACAAACUGGUGCUUUUGCUUAUUCCUUCGAUAAGGCAAAGGUACUUAG